ACAAGCUGUGGCUGCAGUCAGAGCUAUCUUGGUUUGGACCGUUAAUGAAUGUAAUAAAGGGAUUUUUGACAUUUUCUUAUUGAAUAAUAUAUUGAAUCAACAGUGGCACCCAUCAUGUUUUUUACCUAUAGCUUUUCUGUGUGGAUUGUAUGCUGCUGCGUCUGUUUGUUAUCUGUAGUGCACCUGGGAAUAGCACAAUCAGGAAAAGAAGUUAUACUUAUGGAUUCAAAAGCACAACAAACAGAACUGGAAUGGAUCUCAUCUCCUCCAAAUGGGUGGGAGGAAAUCAGUGGGCUUGAUGAAAACUAUACACCCAUACGGACAUAUCAGGUGUGUCAAGUUAUGGAAACGAAUCAGAAUAACUGGUUGCGGACUAACUGGAUUGCAAAGGGCAAUGCACAACGGAUUUUUGUGGAAAUGAAAUUCACUUUAAGGGAUUGUAAUAGCCUUCCUGGUGUGCUGGGCACAUGUAAGGAGACUUUUAACUUGUACUACUAUGAAACAGACUAUGAUGUUGGCAGAAACACAAGAGAAAAUUUGUAUGUAAAAAUAGACACUAUUGCUGCAGAUGAAAGUUUCACUCAGGGUGACCUUGGGGAACGUAAGAUGAAACUCAACACAGAAGUAAGAGAAAUUGGGCCCCUUUCAAAGAAAGGAUUUUACCUUGCAUUUCAGGAUGUGGGAGCCUGCAUUGCCCUGGUAUCAGUCAAAGUUUAUUACAAAAAGUGCUGGACCAUUAUUGAAAAUUUAGCUGUAUUUCCAGACACAGUUACAGGUUCUGAAUUUUCUUCCCUGGUUGAGGUACGAGGGACCUGUGUCAACAAUGCAGAAGAAGAGGCAGAUAAUUCUCCCAGAAUGCACUGCAGUGCAGAGGGAGAGUGGCUUGUACCCAUUGGAAAGUGCAUUUGUAAACCAGGCUUUCAGCAGAAGGGAGAUGUCUGUGACCCCUGUGGACGUGGAUUCUAUAAGUCGUCUUCCCAGGACCUGCAGUGCUCCCGAUGUCCUGCUCAUAGUUUCUCUGACAAAGAAGGCUCUUCCCGAUGUGAUUGUGAGGAUGGAUAUUACAGAGCUCCAUCUGACCCUCCUUCCGUAGCCUGUACAAGACCACCAUCUGCACCACAGAAUCUUAUAUACAACAUUAACCAGACUACUGUAAGCCUUGAGUGGAGUCCUCCUGCAGACAAUGGUGGAAGGAAUGAUGUCACUUACAGGAUUAUAUGCAGGAGAUGCAGCUGGGAGCAUGGUGAGUGUGUUCCCUGUGGUAGUAACGUUGGAUAUGUGCCUCAACAAGCUGGAUUAAUGGACACAUAUGUUACCAUCAUGGACUUAAUAGCGCACGCUAAUUACACUUUUGAAGUUGAGGCAGUAAAUGGAGUCUCCGACAUGAGCCGUUCCCAGAGGCUGUUUGCUGCUGUCAGUAUUACUACCAGCCAAGCAGCUCCCUCACAAGUUAGCGGUGUAAUGAAGGAGAGAGUGAUGCAAAAGAGUGUAGAGCUUUCCUGGCAAGAGCCGGAGCAUCCCAAUGGGGUCAUCACGGAAUACGAAAUCAAGUAUUAUGAGAAAGAUCAAAGAGAACGCAGUUACUCUACAAUGAAAACAAAGUCUACCUCAGUCAUUGUCAAUAAUCUGAAGCCAGGCACAUCGUAUUUAUUCCAGAUACGUGCAUUCACUGCAGCAGGAUAUGGUAUCUAUGGUCCCAAGCUAGAGGUUUCUACCCUUGAAGAAGCCACAGCCACAGCUGUCUCCAGCGAGCAGAAUCCUGUUAUUAUCAUAGCGGUGGUUGCUGUGGCCGGCACUAUCAUCCUUGUUUUCAUGGUGUUUGGAUUUAUAAUUGGAAGAAGGCAUUGUGGCUACAGUAAAGCAGACCAAGAAGGAGAUGAAGAGCUAUACUUUCACUUUAAAUUUCCAGGCACCAAAACUUACAUUGACCCAGAAACCUAUGAGGAUCCCAACAGAGCUGUCCAUCAAUUUGCCAAGGAACUGGAUGCCUCUUGCAUUAAGAUCGAGAAGGUGAUUGGUGCAGGAGAAUUUGGAGAGGUGUGCAGUGGUCGCUUAAAGCUACCAGGCAAAAGAGAUGUCUCAGUGGCAAUAAAAACUCUGAAAGUUGGGUAUACAGAAAAACAAAGGCGAGAUUUCCUGUGUGAGGCAAGCAUCAUGGGACAGUUUGACCAUCCAAAUGUGGUUCAUCUAGAGGGAGUUGUUACUAGAGGCAAACCAGUCAUGAUUGUAAUUGAAUAUAUGGAAAAUGGAGCCUUGGAUGCAUUUCUCCGAAAACAUGAUGGACAGUUCACUGUUAUACAACUGGUUGGCAUGCUGCGUGGCAUUGCUGCUGGCAUGAGGUAUUUGGCGGACAUGGGCUACGUACAUAGGGACUUAGCAGCGCGCAACAUUUUGGUCAACAGCAACCUUGUAUGUAAAGUUUCAGAUUUUGGUCUUUCCAGAAUAAUUGAAGAUGAUACAGAAGCAGUUUAUACUACAACAGGUGGGAAGAUCCCUGUGAGAUGGACAGCUCCAGAAGCCAUUCAGUACCGAAAGUUUACAUCUGCUAGUGACGUGUGGAGUUAUGGCAUAGUCAUGUGGGAGGUAAUGUCGUAUGGAGAACGUCCUUACUGGGAUAUGUCCAACCAAGAUGUAAUAAAGGCCAUUGAAGAGGGUUACCGCCUUCCAUCACCCAUGGAUUGCCCUUCUGGACUUCAUCAACUCAUGCUUGACUGCUGGCAGAAAGAGCGUGGUGAACGGCCUAAGUUUGAGCAGAUAGUUGGAAUUUUGGACAAAAUGAUCCGGAACCCAAACAGUCUCAAAACUCCCAUAGGUACCUGUAACAGACCAGCCAGUCCCCUACUGGACCAGAAUACACCUGACUUCACCACUUUUCGCUCAGUGGCAGACUGGCUAGAAGCAAUUAAGAUGGAAAGAUAUAAAGACAAUUUCACUGCAGCUGGGUACAGCUCACUUGAAUCAGUAGCCAGAAUGACUAUUGAGGAUGUCCUGAGUUUAGGAAUCACUUUAGUAGGACACCAAAAGAAAAUCAUGAGUAGUAUUCAGACUAUGAGAGCACAGAUGCUGCAUUUACAUGGGACGGGUGUCCAAGUUUGACAGACAUUGCUCCCUUAUCAGGGAGGAGCAAAACUUUAAUACAACAGUGCUGGCCUUCAGAUCGAACUCUUUGCUGCUGAGACCACACUCCCAACAUGCUGCAUCCAUGAACUAGUGGAAUGGAGACUUGUCAGAAGCAAGUGCAGUCCAGGAAAAACAGCAGCCCCUGAACAUUUCAGUAGGAAAGCAAAGUCCAUUAGUGGUGGCAUAGACCAGUAAAACAAAAUACUACCUGAGACAUUUGUCAACAAAACUUGAGCUCUCUAACCUCCUUUUUAUUUGCUGAACUUUUUAACCUGUACAUACAAGACUUCAAGGAAAAAAGAAUAUAUUUGUCAAAGUCAUGAUAUUGUUAAACUGAAAAAAAUAUUUUUUUCUUAAAUUUGUGAUUUAUGAAUGAUAACUUUUCCACUUGUUCAUGCUUUACAUCAAAAUAUUGUUCUUGUACAUUAUUUAUACUUCAGGACUCUUUCACUGCUAAUGAUGUGGUAGGCUAAUUCUUCCAGAAACCUUGAAGGGUUUCAAGAGGUUUAAUGAAAGCACAUUCAAAGCAUGAGACAACAUACAUCUUGUAAUGACAUUGGCAAUGUUUUGCACCAUUUUAUCAUGUAAAGACGAUGUUGGAUUUUUCAAACUGUAUUGGCUAACAGCCAAGUUGAUAGUGUCAAACAAAAGGUUGACAACAGUCUUUUGCUUUCCUUGAUUUUUAUAGGCAAGCUUCUGAAAAGCAUUUUGUUAGAAAAAGCAAUAAAGUCCCCCCUCACAGGACCACAGCACUUUUGUAGAAGUAAGAAUGACUUGGUUACGAAGUGCAUGGGUGAGCAGAGGCUUGAACUGGCUUUUUUUGGUUGUCAGUUGCAAGUUGCACAUAUUAACAGGGCAGACUAUUUUGGGUCUAAGAGUGGAGGAUAUAACGUGUGCCUAAAAAUCUGGUGACAGUUAAUCUACUACACUCACUUCUCAGUCUUAUUAAGUCACAAUAUACCAAGUGACAUUUUCAUCAGAGAACCACUAUGAUCUGUUUAAACAUUCUGAAACAGUCAGUAAACUGCAAAUACCAGUUUACAUGGAGCAAGGUGCUCUGAGCAAAUAAACUGAAGUUCUGUUUAAGGCUGAGGUCUUGUUUUUUAAUGCUUUUUGCAUAGUAAAUUUCAAUGGGUAGAUAUGUUUUUACUUAUUGCACUGUGGUUUAGUCUGCUAAACCUCACAUAUAAUUCUGUAAAAUAUAAAAAUGUGGGUACUUUCAAUGCCUUAUGUUCAGCAAUGUGGAAUUUCCCCACUUAUCAUUCAGGUCAGUAUACUACCUUCAAGAAUUAAAGAACAAUAUAAGGAUUCCUCCAGAAAAAAGAGACACUCUACCAACAUUAAUGAAUUAAAAUGAAGAACAGAAAGAUAGUGAAAUACAGUAAUUGUUCUUAAAAACAAAAAGCAGUUUUAUCUACAGUCUGUGUUGAGGAAUGCUCAAGAGUCUGAAAACUGAGUUACACAUACAAUUGGAAACAUACAUAAAAUUCCCUAAAAAGUAGAGCUGAUGUCUUGAACAGCAUUCAGUUUUCUUGUGUAUAUUAAAUUUAUUGCCAUGAGAUCCCAGGGAUUGGAGAUGCAGUAGUCGUUCUGUCAAUGUGGGAGCCCACAUGCAAAUUGUACAUUUUCUUGUGUAAAACUUGUAAAUUUUAUUUAUACUGUCAUGUUUUAUACAUAUAUUUCUCUUUAGUGAGCUCUGAAUACAUUGAAAAUGCACUAUAUUUUUCUAUUUUACUUGCAGAGCGUCACAGAAGAACAUUUAUUUUCCAUGAUACAUAAUGGUUUCUUUCAGCAUUUAGGACCAAAGAUGGCUACAGGAUAUUCAGUAUGGUUUAAGGAAAUGAGUUUUUAAAUUGUUUAGUUGUGUUAAACCACUGUACAGUCCUUUAUGUAACAUUUGAAUUAUUUAUUUGUGUUUAUCAGUCUGUAUAAUUCCUCAGCUUUGUAUUUUUUUCUGUCUUAACAAAUCUGUAUAAAGCAAUUAGCAAAGUCUCCAGGCUGUUACAUAUACAUUUUCAUUUGUAAUCUUUGUAAUAGACUGUAAAUAUAUUUUUGGAAAUACA